AUGUCAGGUCGCGUUCGAAAGACAAAGUCGCACUUGACUGUGAUAAAAGAUCGUGAGAGAGCUGCGCUUAUUGAAUACGUGGAGUCCCGAUCGAUUGCUAGCGACAUGCCUUGCACUCGUUGUUUCCGUGCAAAGGUCCCGUGUCGUUUUGGCGAGAAGUCUACACGCUGUAGGACUUGCAUCGAGGCGAAGAAACCUUGUGACGGCGUCCUCGUGGCGUCUACUCAUCAAGAGUUUGCUCGUUUGCAAGUUCAAAUGGCGGAUGCUACGGGUCGUCUGAAACGGAUUCGGACGGUCUGUAAGAUAGUUCGGGAGCGGCAGACCGAAGUCUUUAAGCGUGGUAUGCAGGAGGUUGACAGGGAGGAUGGCGUCCUGGCGGACGACGAAGUCCUACCUGCCUUGGAUGCUUACGAGAGGUUCGUCGUUAGUGACCUCUAG